AUGCUGAUUUUACCAAUCAGUUUUUUUGAACUGUUUCCGCCUCCUAUUCCAUUCUCAGGUUAUAUGUCAGGUUAGGAUCAAUAAAUAUAUAUAUUUAUAUAUAUAUAUACAUAUAUAUACAUACACACAUAUAACUGAGUUCAACACUCUUCUCUAUAAUCAAUUUAUAUUUAUAUAUGUUGUUUCCUCUAGCAAAUCAACACAUGUACUGAUGUACAGGUACUAGUUUGUGGAUAAAUAUUGAUUGAAACAUACGUGUUAUUUGUGGAAGUCUAGUUCUAGUAUUUUAUCGUAUGUUUGUUUGGCUAUCAUCAAUGAGUAUUACACUUCCGGGGGCAAUAUAAACAUUACAACUCAGCUGUUAAUUUUUCAGUGCAAUUUUAUUGGCGUAUGUACAUCUUGUAAAGCAAUAUCACGCAAUAACCCCAUCUGUAUAACCCUCCGAAUGGAAUUACCUGUUUCUUACAAAUGUUUUGUAUUAUAGUGUUUACCAUGAUCAAGCUUUAUGGGCCUGACGAAGUUUGGUGGAGGCUCAAAGGUUGUGUUAAUAAACAUGGAUUCUUGAAUGCUACAUCAGUGAAAAUGCUAUUUGUUCGUUGUGUUGAAACGGCUGUUUUUGAACUUCAGAGGUACGGAUUAAUUCCCAAAAGCCCUUUGGGAAGAAUAAAGUUCAAAUGUGACUCAGGUAUAUCACCUUGCUGUUUGCUGAGGCAGCAAAGAAAUAAAUUUCAAACACUGUUAAUUCUCUGAUGCUGUUUCAAGUAAAUAUGGUGAGGAGUGAUGGUGGCAUAGUGUAGAGAAAUUUUCUACUGAAGUUUUAUCAUGCAGUAUAGAAUAACAAGGGGAUACAUUUAGGGGACCCCCUUGAUGAAAGGGAGCUCUCGAGAAAGUGAGAAGAAGAACUUAAACUUUGAACUGCAAUGGGCUUGUUUGCCAAUUUGACCCUCCCUGCCCCUCUAAUGUGUUUUCAACUUUAAUUUUGUUGAAAUGUCACACCAAUCAUAAACACAGAAGAAGUCCUUUUCAGGACUAACCUUACGCAGACCAUGACACCUUGUGCAAUCAACUGAUUCUCCUGGGUUUUGAGUAAUUAUUGUCCAAUUAACCAGUUUUUAAGAAUUAAAAACAUUUGACAUUUUGGGGAGAGGCUAUGUAGUGAAUUCAAGACAAUAUUUUAAGACAAUAUUAACUCCGGUGUUAAUAUUCAAUUCCAGACAUGGUGAUGUUGUUGUUGUCGAGGUACAUGGUCCAGCAGUAACCCUGAAAAUAACUACUCCAAAUGGAAGACAUAUUUCUGUGGACUUGACUUUGGCUAUCCGAGUUCCUUGGCCUGUUGUUGCUAAGGAAUGGACCACGAGGCCUCGAGGUAUCAGAUUUCUCAAUCUAUGCCAUGCUUGUGUUGGCUACUUCAAGGGUAAUAGGUCCUUUCAAGUGGAAAGGAUUACUACUUAGUAGAGAGCUCCUUUAAUUUUCAAGUCAUGGGCUUCCCCCAGUUUUCCUCCCCCCUUCCCCUUUUAUUGACUCACUUGUAGCCGGUUCAUUGUAGAGCAGACAAAAACUUUAUGGCAUGAAUCACAAUACAAUUACUGUUGUUUUGAAUCUGUUUCAGUUUGGCCAGAUCAGAACCAUUUACAACUAAUAGUUUUUCAAGAUGGAUGUCAUUUAGUUGCAAAGAGACCUACCGGUCCUGAACACUUUAAAGAUUUCUGCUGGAAGUUCAGCUUUUCAGCUGCUGAGAUGAGACUGUUUAACUUGGGAGGUAUUGCAGAUGGAAAUCAAAAUUGUUUAAGGCAGGUUUUACGGAAACUGAAAACAUUUGGGCCUUACCUGAAGCCCUUGUCUUCAUACCAUUUCAAAACAAUCUGCUUUUACCGACGUGAGAUGACACAUUUCUUCUUGUGGAGAUAUGAUUAUUGUGAGGAAAGGCUUAAGGACCUACUUUUAAUGCUUGAGAAUUGUUUGACAGUUCAGUCUUGUCCGCAUUUUUUUAUCAAAACUUUAAACUUGUUUGAAGAAUUUAGCCCCUUCAUAUGUUGUGACUUAAUUAACAAAGUAAGAGCUCUCAGAAUGUAUCUAGAGACACCUGUAGCAGGAAAUGUUAUCCAAGCACCUGGAGGAGUAUUCAUCUGUUGAAGAUUUAUGAUUAAGUCCUUUAUUAAAUGUAGAGGAUAUCAAAGUUGAACAAGCGAUGUACGUGUAUUGUAAUUUAAUAAUGUCUGGAAUUUAAGUAUGCAAAUUGAGGGGACAUUUAUAAUUUUCAGUACAGAAACAGAGGGGAAUAGAUACAACUUGUCCCGGAAAUAAAACAUACUACAUUUUCUAUCUUUUAUUAGAUUGUGAUAUAGUGAAACAUUCUUGGCCUGUAUCAACCCUGAACAUUACUUUUGUAUGUACUAUUUUUUAUUGAUAGAUAUAUUUUUUACUUGUACACUUUUAUACUGCAAUGUGUAUAUUGGCUGUUAUUCAUCUACUUUUUAUUUUGUGACUAAAUUCCCUUUGCCAUUGGCAUCUGUUCAGGGAAUACAUUUCCACUUUUUCUAUCAAUGGGUUUUUUACGUUUUUCAUAUCCAACAGUGCUACAUAAUUAUCUUUUGAUUUUUUACUGCUGUUGAAGCAAGGG